AUGACUGCCCCGUUGUCCGCCGCGCAGUGGCAGGCACGCGUUACUUUUCACGCCCCCACGUUCGUAAUCGGCGUUGUGACAGGUGUCGUUCUCCUAUUUGUCCAUCAGCACCUCACCUCCACCGUAGGCGGUAUCGGCGGCACGCCACCCGCGGCAUUCUUCCGCAAUUACUACGAUAGCAACGGCGACAACUCCACGAGUCAUGCAGAGGACGCGGCGGGGGACGCGGCGGGGAACGCGGCGGGUGAGGGCAGGCUCAAGGACGGUCUGGGCGAUCGAGGGGGGUGGAAUGGCGGGGGCGACGUGUUGCCAGGGCUGAUGGCGGCGCGUCACGUGGGGUACAACACGAGCGCGGGAGUGGCGGACGGCAAGCUCAACGUGCACCUCGUGGUGCACUCGCACGACGACAUCGGGUGGCUCUCGACCGUCGAUCAGUGUCGAGGCGAGGCGGCGAGCCCUGAGGAGGAGCAGGUGGCGCACAUCAUAGAUUCGGUGGUGGCGAACCUGGAGGUGAACCCGCACCGCAAGUUCGUGCAGGUGGAACAGGGUUUCUUCUACCGGUGGUGGCAGCAGCAGUCCGACUACAUGCGUGCACGAGUCAAGACCCUUGUCGCCAACCACCAGCUCCAAUUCACCAACGGCGGGUGGGUGAUGCAUGACGAGGCGUGUGUGCAUUACACGGACAUGCUGCACCAGAUGUCGCUGGGCCACCGCUUCCUCAAGCGAGAGUUCAACGCCGUGCCACGCAUCACCUGGCAGGUCGACCCCUUCGGUCACUCCGCCACACAGGGCUACCUGCUCACUGCCCAGGCGGGCAUGGAUGCGGUGUUUGUGGGGCGCGUGGACAUAAAGGAGGGCCGGCGGCGUAAGGACCAGCGCACCUCCGAGUUCCUCUGGCGCGCCUCCCAGACCUUUGGCCGCGAUGCACAGGUGUUCACGGGCAUUCUGGACCGCUACACCUACUAUCCUCCAGAGCUCUUCAAGUGGGAGGCGGCAGAUGACCUGUCACUGCGAGUCAAGGAUAACCUCUGGUCCUCGGAGACAGAGACAAAUGUGAAGCAGCGAGUCGACACGUUUGUCAAAGCGGCCUUCCAGCAGGCGGCCAGUUACCGCACGGAUCACAUCAUGUGGACCAUGGGGGAGGACUUCUCACACACGGAUGCGCUGCCAUGGUUCUCCAACCUCGACAAACUCAUUCACUACGUCAACCUCGACGGGCGAGUGAAUGUGCUCUACUCCACGCCAGCCAUGUAUGUGGACGCCAAGCAUCGCGCCAAUGAGACGUGGCCCACCAGAACAGGAGACAUGUUCCCCUACGAUGAGUAUGAGUCGUCCUACUGGACAGGUUACUUCUCCAGCCGCCCUUCCUUCAAGUACUUUGCUCGCCUCUGCAGCUCCCUCCUCCUCGCGAGCACAGCAGCGGAGGCGUUGGUGGGGCGGGGGGUGCUGGAGCAGUGGGGGGAGGAGGAGGGGCGCAUGGCAGCGCAGCGAGUAGAGGCGUGCGAAGCACACGAGGAGGCGUGCCCGGGGGGUGAGGGGUGGCGGCGGGUGGUGGCAGGCGUGGCGUCAACGGCUAGGUUAGAGGAUGCGGUCGCGAUUGCUCAGCACCAUGAUGCUAUUACAGGCACGGCCAAGCAGCAUGUGAAUGAUGACUACUCUUUGCGCCUGCAUGCCGGUGCUGUGGAGCACCAUGAUGCUAUUACUGGCACGGCCAAGCAGCAUGUGAAUGACGACUACUCGCUGCGCCUGCACGCUGGUGCUGUGGAGUUCACCCGCCCACAUCCCUCCCUCCACCACUCCCUCUGCAUCUCCCUCUCUCCCUCCAUUCGUCUUGCUCCUCCUGCUGUCCCCCGUUCUUCUCUGCGCCUCUCUUACUCCCUCGCACCAUCCGUGGCAGGCAUCUCAAGAAGGAGGAGGCGGCCUGGCAGAGGGCUCACGGGCGGGUCAGGAGACCCGAGUAACUCCAGUGACCCAAGUGCUGCCAUGCCUGCACUUGACUUCGCCCUGUGCCCUCUGCUAAACAUUUCCUUCUGCCCGCCCUCUCAGCUGCCGCUGUCGCCCUCCUCCACUCUGGUCGUUGUGGCAUACAACCCCCUCGCCUGGGCUCGCUCUGAGAUCAUCCGCUUCCCGGUGGCGUCGGCAGGGGUGGAGGUGAGGGAUGCGGCGGGGCGAGUGGUGGCAGCACAGAUAGUAGCUGAGGGGCUGGUGCCGCCGCGCCUGCGCUCCGUGCUCGUGAACGCGCACGCGGGCGUGAGGCAGCCCGACGUGGUCCCUGGGCCGGACGGCUCUACGGCGGUGCUGAGCGUGGUGUUUGAGGCGCUGGUGCCGCCGCUGGGCUAUGCGUCCUUCUUCCUCUCCCCCGCUCAGCCAGGCGCAGAAGGCGCAGCGAGCAAGAGCAGCGAGCGGUUCGACGAGGUGCCGCUACACGGGGCCUCUGCUGCCGCUGCUGACGACCCAGACGGCAGCGCAGAGGCAGAUGGCAGCGCGGCACCACAUGGCAGCGCGGAGGCACAGGAGGACAGCAUCGUUCUCGGAGGGCCAUCCCCAUUCGCUCCAUCAGCUGCUGCUGCUGCGGCAGCAGGAGGAGGGGGAGGCGGCGGGGGAGGCGGGGCGUGGGCGCGAGUGAGCUUCUCUCGCAGCGGGUAUGGGCUAGCCAAGAUGGAGCUCAUGCGCGGCGAUGCUGCUGGCAGCUCCGCUGUGCAAGCAGAGGUAAAGGUCUCCAGCAAUCUCAUGGCGUACAGCAAGACCUUGAGUGGUGCGUAUCUCUUCCGCCCGAUGAAGCCCGCACAGAGGGUCGACGCAAGCAACAAUGACGGGCAGGUGCCAGUGCGAGUGGUGAAGGGGCCAUUGCUGCACGAGUUCCAUCGCACGGUGGCGCCCUCCGUCCGUGAGGUGUUCCGAGUGUAUCCGGGGAAGGACUAUGCCGAGCUGCACUACAUGGUGGGCAUGGACGAGAAGGAUGCGGUGGGCAAGGAGUACAUCACUCGCUUUGACACCGCCAUUCAAUCCAACUCCACAUUCUACACUGACUCCAAUGGCCGAGACUACAUGACACGCGUCCGUAACUACCCAUAUGACGCCACGGAGCCAGUCUCACAGCCCAUUGCAGGCAACUACUACCCGCUGACGUGCGCGGCGCACAUGGGCGACCCUAGUGUGCAGCUGUCCGUGCUCGUGGACCGUGCUCUUGGGGCGAGCAGCCUGGCGGACGGACAGCUCGAGGUCAUGCUGCACAGGCGGUUGCAGAUGGACGAUGGCAAGGGCGUGGCAGAGGUGCUCAAGGAGAGGAUCUGCGUGAACGGCGGCCAGUGCGAACCCCUUUCUGUUGUUGGUUCCAUCCGCUUCGCGCUGCACCCCGGGAGGAGAAAAGUCCCCGCCGCUGCCGCUGCCAUUGCUGCUGCCGCUGCUGCCGCCGGUGCUGAUGCUGCUACUGCUGCUGCUACAUCUGCUGAUGCCAAUGCUGUCCCCAACACUGACGGUUCCCCUACGGCUGCCGUUCCAUCGGGUGGGGGAGGAAAGGAGGAGUGGCAGGGAGGGGAGGAGGCAGCGCAGUGGAGGAGAGAGCAUGCUCAGCGCCUGCUGACACCGCUGCAACUGGCGUUUGCAGUCGAGAGCAAGGAGGCGCUGGCAGCAGCAGCGGGGAGGCUGCGGUGGUCGUACUCACUGAGUGGCGAGGGUGGGGAGGGCGACAUGCAGGCGGGCGGGCAGUACUCGCUGCCGCCCAACGUGGCGGUCAUCUCCAUGCAGGAGCUCUCCCCCCACCACCUGCUGCUGCGCCUUGCUCACCUCUAUGAGGCAAAGGAGCAUCCCUCGCUCUCCACCAUGGCCUCUGUGCCCCUGCGACAGCUCUUUGCUUCCAGACAGAUUAUCUCCUUCACAGAGCUCAGCUUGACGGCCAAUCAAAAGAAAGCGGACAUGCGCCCGCCAAUGGCGUGGCGGGAGGAGUCAACAGCAUCAGCACAGGGUGCACCGGGGGAGGUGUCAUCUGAGAGGCCGGUGUAUGGGGCGGAGGUGGAUCCACAGCAGCUGGUGGUGGAACUGGGGCCAUUUGAGAUCCGCACCUUCGCACUCACCUUCAAGCCCUUUUCUGCAUGA